CCCCUCGCCGCUCCUGGAGCGUGACGCCCUUCUCCUUGUCCCCGAGGCCUGUGGCGAUUGGGUCCGUUGGGGCAGAACCAUGGAGGAGAAGACUUUCAGAGCGUCUUUGAACAGCCAUGGCUCAGAAAUAUCGAGCCCGGACGACGACAUCCGGAAUCUGUGGACCAAGGCCACGCUGUCGCAGUCGAAGCUGAAUGUGCCUCUGCCCAAUGUCUGCGAGGACUCCGACAUGGAGGGCAGCAGCGUGAGCAGCAGGACUCAGCACCAGUUUUACGACCAGAAGGCCGGCCACGACUCUGUCGCUGGUUCGUUAGCAUGGGAUGACGGAGAUGACAAGGACAGUUUCAAGCAGGAGUUGCUGGACGACCACUCCUUGUUGGAGCUGGAGCUACAACGGGGAAGCUCCCUGGGAAGCCAUUUCGAGGAGGGAGACGUCGAUUCCAACACCGAGAGUGAAAUGUCUUCCUCAGACUCAUCGCUCAAUAUCUCGAAGCACACACCCCAUCGAGCCUACUGGGUGGAGCAGCAGAACAGGCUGCCACUGCCUCUGAUAGAACUCAUGGAGAAUGAAGCUCUGGAAAUCCUCACCAAGGCCCUCCGGAGCUACCGGUCAGCUAUAGGCCGGGACCACUUCCUGACAAAGCAGCUGCAGCGAUCCAUCGAGGUGCUCAAGAGGCGCCGGAGCAAGAGGCUGCACCUCUUGGCGUACUGAGAGCAUCGCCUCGGGCUCGAGUGACAGCCCGACUCCAGCCCCGGGCCCUCGUCCCGUCCCCAGACCCAAACCUGACCCAGUCCACGUGGAAUUUGAGUCCUAAAGAAAUAAAAGACUCUGUGCACA